CGGGUGGGGGGGGGGGUAACAGUUUGGGGGGCGGGUGGAGGGGGGGGGGGGCAGCGCCGGGGACCCCCGUGUCCCGCCCCCUCCCCCCGGGCCCGGUGCCCUCGGGGCCCCCCCGGGCUGGGGGGGGAGGGGUGUCCCCGGUGCCGACGUCCCUCCGCGCCCCCCCUCGGCCCCCCCCCCCCGCCGCCGCUGCUGCUGCGUCACGGGCGCGCGCUGCCGCCGCCGGCCCGGCCCGGCCGCUCGGCCCCGGUAAGGGGGGGCCGCACCCCGGGACCCCCCCCCGGGCACCCCCCCAGCCCACCGCCCCCGGACGGGACCCCCCCGCUGCUGCGCACCCAGGAUGUGAUGGCGAGCGAAACGGGGGCCCCCCCCAACCGCCCCCCCCCCCCCGCUGCCCCCCCCCCGGCCCCCCCAAACCCCCCCCGCUUUUGGGAGGGUCAGGACGUCCUGGCCCGCUGGACCGACGGCCUCCUCUACCUCGGCACCAUCAAAAAGGUGGACGCGGGGCGCCGGGGCUGCCUGGUGCAAUUCGAGGAUAACUCCCAAUUCCUCGUCCUCUGGAAGGACAUCAGCCCCGCAGCGGUGCCGGGCGAGGACCAAUCCUGCUGCGUCUGCUCCGGCCGAGCCCUGAACCCCGAAAACCUCUUAGUUCGCUGCGAGAAAUGCGGCCACGCCUACCACCAGCAGUGCCACCUCCCCGCCGCCCGCCCCGCCGGCCCCUGGAUGUGUCGCCGCUGCGUCUUCGCCGUCGCCACCAAGAAAGGGGGGGCCCUCAAGAAGGGCCCCCACGCCAAGGCGAUGCUCAGCAUGAAAGCCGUCCUCCCCUACCAGCUGAAGACCCUGGAGUGGGACCCUCCCCACCUCGCCAACCGCCAGCAGUGCUACUGCUAUUGCGGGGGGCCCGGAGAGUGGAACCUGAAGAUGCUGCAGUGCCGGGGCUGCGGGCAGUGGUUCCACGAAGCCUGCACCCAGUGCCUGAGCAAACCCCUCCUCUACGGGGACCGGUUUUACGUCUUCGAAUGCUGCGUCUGCACCGGCGGCGCCGAGAGCGUCCGGCGGCUGCCGCUGCGGUGGUGAGGGGGGGGGCGCGGGGGGGGCGCGGGGGGCCCCCCCCACACACACCCAGCCCGCACCCCC